AUGGAAAAGUGGCCUCUCUUUGUUUCUUUCAAUCAACUCCACGUAUUUUUGGGACUCACAGGUUACUACCGACGUUUUAUUGCUCAUUAUGCUAGUAUUGUGGCACCAUUGGCUAACCUGUUGCGUCAUAAUUCUUAUUUUUGGUUUGAGGAGGCUACCAUUGCUUUCCUGGCCCUAAAGCAAGCGAUAAUGGCUGCCCCGAUCCUUAGCCUUUCUGAUUUUUCCAAAGAAUUCAUCAUUGAAACGGAUGCGUCCAAUGUGGGAAUUGGUGCAGUUCUAAUGCAAGACAAUCAUCCUCUUGCAUUUUUUAGCAUGAAAUUGGGUACUUUGGUAUCUCCUUAUACUAUUGUGAAUGGAUUACUUCUCAAAGAUGACCGUUAUGUUUUAAAUCCACAACCCCCCUUAUGUAACUUGGUUAUCAGUGAAUUUCAUGAUACACCAAGUGGUGGUCAUGCUGGGGGGAAGCGAACAGUUGCUCAACUUGCUGUAAAUUUUUUCUGGACAGGUAUGUGCAAGGCAGUAGAAAACUUUGUGGCCGCUUGUCUAAUUUGUCAACAAAUAAAAAACUCCACUCAAGUUCCAACCGGUUUACCCCAACCUCUUCCAAUUCUGGAGGAAGUUUGGGAGGAUAUCACCAUGGAUUUUAUUACGUGUCUUCCUCCGGCUAAUGGAUCCACUGUUAUCUUUGUUGUUGUAGAUCGCCUAUCCAAAUCAGCUCAUUUUAGCGCUCUUCUCGGGUCCUUCACAACUUCUAAGUGGAUGGGCUCUCCAAUUGACGAAGCUUCGUGGGAGGAAGUGGCUUCUUUUCAAGCUUGCUAUCGGGAUUUCCACCUUGAGGACAAGGUGAGUGUUGAUGAGGAGAGAAAUGAUACGAGCCCAUCAAUAACAGACCCAAUGCAUAAUGAGGAAAGGCCCAACAAUGAGGAUGUAGACGUGAGUCCAAUAGUGGAAAAGAGGCAAUCAAAGAAACCAGACUGGAUGAAGGAUUAUGUGUGCAAGUAG